AGGCGCAGACAUCAAAACAGAGGAAGAAAAAGUGGUCCAGAGUGUACAGAGAGACACCGAUGGAGAAUUAGCAUCCAACAAAGCAAGUGAAAGCACAGACUUUAUUUCAGACAACCAGAUUCCUCCAUCUACCGUUGGUUUUAUUACAACAAGACAUAAAACCUUGGACCCAAACAAAGCAACCUUGACAUUAUCCUCUCCACCUCCUCCUUUGUCCAGUCCACAUUUGGUCACAGAUGUCGAUGAAGCAAUGAUGACAGGCGCUCAUGGACUACCAUCCCACAGCACAGACACCGAUGUGGCUCACAGUCAUCAGCACCCAUACCCUGAUGCAGACGCAGGUUUUAAGACCACAAGUGGACCAACUACAACACCCACAAUAGGAACACUGGGUGUCCCCAGACAACAAAGAACCAGUGCCACAACUAGGUUCACUUCCACAACUAGUCCCAGCGUCAGGACACGCUUCCAGGGUCGAGUGAGUUUAACUGUGGCAACUACAACAACCUCAACUCCUCGAGAGAAUUUUCACACAACUACAAUGAGUGGAGUCACAGUGCACAGCCACUGGACAACAAAAAACACCAAGACUGGAGGAAAACCUCGACCAGCCCAGGGACCAAAUCCUGCUGAAAAGCAUAAACAUGGAAUUAAGCCUGAAGCAAUUCAUAAGCUAAAAAAUCCUAAGAAUGACCACAAACAAGACCGAGCACCUUUACCUGACAAAACUGACCAAAAGCUGAAGCCUUCACUCCAAAAACCCACAACUGACCAGAAACUCAAGCCUGUCAAAGGUCAACAAGCCCAUAAUCCCAAACCUGAGCAGAGAGUAACACUUAAUCAUUUAACUACCGAUCAAAAUCUGAAAAAUAAUCCGAUGCUUAAACAUGACAAAGAUCUUACAACUGAUAAAAAGCCAAAAUAUCAUCAAAAGUCUGUACCUCCUGUUCAAAGACCGACAUCUUAUCAAAGACUGGCAACAGUUUACGCAACUGGUUCAGACACAAAUCCUCAGACUGAACCAAACUCAAAACCUGAGAGAAAUCAAAAUAAUCCUCUUCUAACUGUCAAACCUGAUCCUAAACAAAAACCUCAGAAAAACGUUAAAGGUAAAGAAAAGACUAAACCUGAUCUGAGGGCUGAUUACACAACUGUUCAACAACCUGAUUCUGGAAGUAUAGGAAAAGCAAAGCUCACGCUAAAACCCAACAACAGGUCCACAACGGAAUUAAUGAGAAAUUCCAGAGACAAUCCAUCUCCAGAGUCUGACUCUAACCAAGUCAAAACACCUGGACAAAAACUUGCACUUGAUGGUAUUAACACACCGUCUGAUCAAAAGCCUAAACCUAGCCAGAAAAUCCCUGCAAUAAACCGAGACCCUAAACCUGGCCACAUACCCAAACUUAACCAAAAACGACUGGAGAUUGAUCCAAGCAAAAGCACUAAACCAAAUGUGAAGCCUAAAACCAGCCAAGCACCACAAAAAAAUCAGGGUCUUAAAACACCUGGGCCUAGCCAAACGCCUGAUCUUUACCCAAAAUCUGUACCUGAUCAAAUCCCCAAAGCACAAUCCAACAAAACUUCCAAACCAAGACCUCCUCCCAGACGCGGACACACAUUCAAGCCAGGAGCAACAUCUGUUCAAAGGCCACAACCAGCAGUGCAACAAAAGUCAAACCCAAACACCAAAACAGAUUCCAAUCCUGAGAUCAGCGGGACAACUGCAGAUGGCAUCCAAAAUUCUCAAAUCAACAUGCCACCUACAUCUGGCUCUGUAAAACAGAGCACUGAAAUGACUCAUUCCCCAGGUGACGCAGAGUUCAGUCCCAGCACAAAAGAAUCCAUCACUCCCAGCCCGAAGACCUUCAACAGCCUGGACACCUUCCCUCUCCUCCACGCUCUCGCUGAGGGCUCCACCGUGAACCCGAACAGCAGGGCUGCGUCUGAUCUGGGGCCACAAACAGCCGGACAACAUUCAUCGAUCCCAAUGACAACAAGACCAAACAAAAUGAUCCAUGGGACCCUGCCAAGUGUUAUCCCUAGCACCAGUCCAGGAUCCACAACGUUAAAGUCUAUCACUGAGCCCGCCUUGCAAGCUGAGCUACCGCACCAUGUUGCGGAAACAGCACCUGAACAAACCCUGCAUGCAGACAACGUGCUCGUUCCAGUCCCUUCCCCCAGAGCUGAAACCACCAUCACACUGAGCCCUGACACCAGGUCAACAACGGCUGACACCGCUGGCCCCAAGGUCCCUGCGCUGGAGUCUUCCACUCCCAGUGCACGCGAGCUGCGUGUAAAAAUCAACCAGGUGGCCGCGUUUUCCAGAGACAGCCAGACGUCAGACGCAUGGUCUGUGGACAAGCGUCCAACAACAGAGCACCCAGAGGACAGAGGGACUGACCUGAAAGUCAAGUGGAUUCCAUCAAAAGUCUCCACAGCGCUGAGGCGAGACUGCUCAGACCACCUGCUCCAAGGAGGAACAAAGAGCGGCGUGUACUUGGUGACCCCUGACAUCCGCAGCAAGAGCUUCUCCGUCUUCUGUGACAUGGAGCUGGGUGGUGGAGGCUGGACGCUCGUGCAGCUCAGACAGGACGGCAGCGUGAGCUUCAACCGCACCUGGGCUGAGUACCGGUCAGGCUUUGGGGAAGUGGGCGGCAGGGAGUUUUGGCUGGGGAACAACAUGAUCCACCUGCUGACCCGGGACAGGGACAUGGUGCUGCGGGUGGAGCUGGAGGACUUUGAGGGGCUGAUGGAGUAUGCAGAGUAUGAGCAGUUCAAGGUGGCAAGUGAGCGUCUGCGUUACAGGCUGACGGUUGGAGGUUACUCUGGUACGGCGGGGAACGCUCUCCGCUUCAGCAAAAUGUAUGACCACAACAGCAGGGCCUUCACCACACCAGACAGGGACAAUGACCGCUAUCCCUCGGGGAACUGUGGGGCCUACUACAGCUCGGGCUGGUGGUUCGAUGCCUGCAUGGCUGCAAACCUCAACGGAAGAUACUAUGUGGGAAAGUAUAAAGGAAUCAGGGAUGGUAUUUUCUGGGGGACGUGGCAUAAUAUAUCUUCAGAGUAUUACCCCACCAAUGACAGACAGUCCUUCAAAACUGUCAGGAUGAUGAUCAGACCAAAAGGCUUUGCACCAUGACCUCUGACCCUGCUCUAUUAAGAAAACUCAUUCCCACUCUCUCCACACACUUAUCAGAGCACCAUUAGCACAAUGCUGCCACCUUGUGGUGUGAUAUUUAAAAGCUUUGAUUGUUUGCUUUACAGGUUGAGAUAGCAAUAACUGAGGAUGUACAUACUUUAAAGAAUAAAAGUUUAAGUCUUAAUGUCAUAGUUCUUUUUAUAAUCUGUGUCCAGUUUCUUCCACUGACGAGAGAAAUCUUCUCAUGAAGACGUAUUUUUCUAUGAAGAUUGUCUGAAUUUGCAGCAAAAGAGACUGAUUUUUACUGAAUUCAAGUGCCAGUCGAUGGUUGAUUGAAGAUGCUUGGGAUGUUUUGUAAUUAAGAUAAGAUUAAUAAAGUUAUUUACAUCAA